AUGUCAAGGAGAGCAACACAUUGGUGUCAUACAUGCCAGCAGGCAAUCUUGCUUGCAGGGAGGGAUGUCCUUUGCCCUUACUGCGACGGAGGAUUUGUGCAAGAAAUUAACGAGAUGCGAGGACUUGUAUCGUCGUCACAGUGGGAAGAGUUCCAAGACAAUCCUGAUAUUUUGAAUGCUAUACAUGCUGUUGUAAGUCAAAGAGGUUCUUUACCAAGAAUUGGAUUUAGAGAUGCUGUUGAUAUUUACAUGAGGCAUAGAAUGCGUGGAAGAAACACAAGUUUUGAUAUCAGAAGUAGAUCUGUUCCUGAACAUACUUGGGAUGUUUUGAGUUCAUCCGGUCGUUAUUUAGUAUUUCAUGAUCAAGCACCUAACGCGAGAGGCGAUCCUAGGAGUGUUGAAUUUGGUGGCUACUUUAUGGAUCAUGGACUCGAUGAACUAAUGGAACAAAUCAAUACAAACGGACGUGGUGGUCCGGCCCCCGCCUCACGAUCUUCGAUUGAAGCAAUGCCGACCAUUAAGAUAACACAAGCACAUGUUGAGUCUGAUUCACAUUGUUCUGUUUGUAUAGAAAGGUUUGAACUCGGGUCUAAGGCAAGGGAAAUGCCAUGUAAACAUAUUUACCAUUCGGAUUGCAUUGUUCCUUGGUUAAUUCAGCAUAAUUCGUGUCCUGUUUGCCGUAAUGAGCUGCCAUCUAAUGGACGUCGUAGUCGAAAUUGGGGAAGAAGAAAUGACAGUAGCACUGGUCGUGGAAGGAGAAAUCCACUUUCAUUUUUGUGGCCAUUUCGUUCUUCGAGUUCAAAUCCUAGUCAUUGA